AGCAGAGGAAGGCGAGAGAAUCAGUGUGAGAGCUUUUACCUGGAAAUGUAUGCGUUUUUGCUACAUAGUGUGUGACUUUAUAUUUUCCAUUGGGGUAAAUUCGUUUUAGCCUAGUCGGACUGAUCAUAGACCAUAUUCCCACAUUGCGCAGUGGAGAUGGUGAGUGUUCCGGACGCAGUUGUUCUUCACGAUGGGGAGACUAUAGUCAAGGAGCAAAUGGGACCUGAGGACUGCAGCGAGAUGGCGAUGGAAGCUCUGUGUCGGGCUGGAGAUGAGAAGGCUGACCGGUGGCGGUCUCUGGGAAUCGUAUGGAAAAACGUUAUCCUCAUGGCCUUUCUGCACAUCGGGGCGGUGUAUUCCAUCCUUGUUAUCCCCAGAGCGAAGCCCCUUACCUGGGUCUGGUCCUACGUGUGUUUCAUCGUGACAGCCCUGGGGGUGACAGCAGGGGCCCAUCGGCUGUGGAGCCACCGCUCCUACAGGGCCAAGCUUCCUCUCAGAGUCUUCCUCGCAGCCGCCAACUCCAUGGCCUUCCAGAAUGAUAUCUAUGAGUGGGCAAGAGACCACCGUGUGCACCACAAGUUCUCAGAGACAGAUGCAGACCCCCACAAUGCAACACGAGGCUUUUUCUUCGCUCACAUUGGCUGGCUGUUUGUGCGUAAACACCGCGAUGUCACUGAGAAGGGAAGAAAGCUGGACGUCACUGAUCUCUUGGCUGACCCCGUGGUCCAGUUCCAGAGAAGGUAUUAUAAGACCUCAGUCCUGAUCAUGUGCUUCCUGGUUCCCACUGUGGUUCCCUGGUACUUUUGGGGUGAGACACUGUGGAACUCCUACUUCCUGGCAUCCAUCUUGCGUUACACGGUCUCGCUCAACGUCACCUGGCUGGUGAACAGCGCCGCCCACAUGUACGGGAACCGGCCGUACGACCAGAACAUCAGCCCCCGCGAGAACCGCUGGGUCACCUUCGGAGCCAUCGGUGAGGGUUUCCAUAACUUCCACCACACGUUCCCCUUUGACUACUCUACCAGUGAGUUCGGCCUGCGCUUCAACCCCACCACCUGUUUUAUCGAUCUCAUGUGCUGGAUGGGCCUGGCCAGCAACCGCAAGAAAGCCUCCGUGGAAACAAUACAGUCCAGGAAACUGAGGACAGGGGAUGGGAGCUACGGAGCGGUCAACAGCACACAAGAUAAAGAAGGAUGAGUGGUGGUUCUCACUGAACCAAGUCGUGGUUGAGAAGUCCAUGGUGAGACGUCAAUAUGUUCUUAGACCGCCACUGCAUUACGGUUUCUCAUUUGAUUGAUUGAUUUAUUUUGGGCUCAUUGAGAUUUAAAAUCUCAUUUUCAAGAGCGUCCUGGCCAAGAUAGGCAGUGCCAAGUCAUUACAAAAAUGACAG